GCUUUGGAUUUUUUUUGUGUAAAGUAUAAUUCCUUCCGUUUUCAGAAAAAACGCGAUCCGUUUCACAUACAGUGACAAGGACCCAUCAUUUUGUGGGAAAGUUUGAUCCAACAUGGAUUCCAAUCCAGACCCCCCAGGGUCCCGGGUGCUCAGAGGCUCCGUCCGCUCUCCCAGGUCACCUGACUCCAUGUCAAAAAAGAAAAGCAACAAGCCUGCAAGCAAAAAGCAGAGUCUACAGGAGGCCAGGAAGAAAGGAAGGAUGGACAGAAGCAAAGGAGAGGACGAGAUGAUCAACCAGCUGAAAGACCUGGACCUACGUAGCAAGCCAAAAGCCACUGGGACAGGCCUGGUCUACUCUGACGCCUUCAGUCGCUUCCAUUGCCUCUGGGACAGCAGCCAUCCAGAAUGUCCGGAAAGAGUGACCACCGUAAUGGAGCAGCUGGAGAAGGAGGGGCUUCUCUCCCGCUGUGUACGGGUGGAGGCCAGGACUGCUACAGAAGACGAGCUCCUUCUGGUGCAUACGAAAGAGUACAUAGAGCUGAUGAAGUCCACACCCAAGAUGGCUGAGAGUGAGCUCAGAAUGCUCUCUGACACAUACGACUCUAUUUACAUCCAUCCUGAGUCCUUUCUCUGUGCCACUCUGGCUGCUGGGUCCGUCCUGGAGCUCAUUGACAAAGUGAUGACAUCAGACCUGAGAAACGGAUUCUCUGUGGCUAGACCUCCAGGUCACCAUGCACAUGUUGAUAAGAUGAACGGUUACUCCAUGUUCAAUAACCUGGCCAUCGCGGCUCGCUAUGCCCAGAGACGACACGGCCUAGAGCGAGUUCUGAUUGUGGACUGGGAUGUGCAUCAUGGUCAGGGUAUCCAGUAUAUUUUUGAGGAGGAUCCCAGCGUGCUGUACUUCUCCAUGCACAGAUAUGAAGAGGGCUCGUUCUGGCCCCACCUGCCUGAGUCUGACAGCAGCGCUGUGGGCACAGGGGACGGUCAAGGCUACAACAUCAACGUGCCGUGGAACAGGAUUGGAAUGAAAGAUGGAGAUUAUAUUUCAGCCUUUCAGCAGCUCCUUCUGCCGGUGGCUUAUGAGUUCCAGCCACAGUUGGUGCUUGUGGCAGCUGGCUUUGACUCUGUCAUUGGAGAUUUCAAGGGGGAGAUGGCUGCCAGUCCUCAGUGCUUCUCUGUGUUGACCCACCUGCUGCAAGGUCUGGCUCAGGGCAGGUUGGUGCUGGCCCUGGAGGGUGGAUAUAACCUGCAGUCCACUGCUGACGGAGUGUGUGCGUCUGUGAGGUCACUGCUGGGAGACUCCUGCCCUCCCCUGGAGAGUCCAGGGGCCCCCAGUGAGAGUGCUCUGAAGUCAAUAUCACAGACCAUCUCAGCUCUUUACCCCUUCUGGACCAGCCUGCAGGUCCUGGAAGGGGGUCUGCUCGCAGAGGGUGACCCCAUGACCCUCACGGUGCAGAACAGGCCCAGUGAAGGUUUGUGGGAACGCCCCGCCCAGAUCACAGGGCUGGUGUAUGACCAGAGGAUGAUGGAGCACCACAACAUGUGGGACAGCCAUCACCCAGAGCUCCCGCAGAGAAUCUCGCGCAUCUUCAGCAGGCAUGAGGACCUGGGCCUGGUCUCCCGGUGUCUCCGCAUUCCUGCCCGCCUGGCCACAGAGGAGGAGCUGGCCAUGUGCCACAGCCCAGAGCACAUUGCCAGGAUCAAGUCUACUGAGGGCAUGAAGCCGAGGGACCUCCACAGACUGGGGAAGGAGUACAACUCCAUCUACAUCAGCGCUGAGAGCUACAGGAGCGCCCUGUUAGCUGCUGGAGCCUGCUUUAACGCAGCACAAGCUCUAAUGACUGCACAGGUGAGGAACGCAGUGGCCAUAGUUCGCCCCCCCGGGCACCACGCAGAGAAGGACGCUGCCUGUGGGUUCUGCUUCUUCAACACGGCGGCCCUGACCGCGCGCUACGCCCAAACCCUGGCCCAGAGGCCCCUCCGCGUCCUCAUCCUGGACUGGGACAUCCACCACGGGAACGGCACGCAGCACAUGUUUGAGGAGGAUGACAGUGUGCUGUAUAUAUCACUCCAUCGCUAUGACAACGGACUGUUCUUCCCGUCUUCGUAUGAUGCAGACUUUGAUAGGGUGGGGCAGGGCAAGGGGCGGGGCUUUAAUGUCAACAUUCCCUGGAACGGCGGGAAGAUGGGCGACUCGGAGUACCUGGCGGCAUUCCACACGGUGGUCAUGCCCAUCGCCAGACAGUUUGACCCAGAGCUGGUGCUGGUGUCUGCAGGGUUCGACGCAGCGCGGGGGGACCCCCUGGGUGGGUACCAGGUGACCCCAGAAGGGUACGCCCACCUGACCCACCUGCUGAUGAGCCUGGCGGCUGGAAGAGUGCUGCUGAUUCUAGAGGGAGGCUACAACCUCACAUCCAUUUCAGACUCCAUGUCCAUGUGCACCAGCGUGUUGCUAGGAGACCUGCCCCCCUCCCUGCCCACCCUGCCACCCCCUCAGCUGAAAGCAGAGAUCGCCAUCAACUCCGUCCUGCGCACACACGCCCCCUACUGGAGCUCCCUGAGAAUACAGAUUCCAGAGUCUCUGUGUCUGUCUCUGCCCAGCCCCAGAGGUAAACGCACUUCCGCAGGCAAGGGCAAGAAGUACCCGAAAAAGGGGACCCCAGCCAGAACCCCAGGGCAAGAAUGCCCUCCCAUCACCCCUCAGCCAGAAGUAGCAGCGUCUCCAGCACUGCCCCCUGUUGGACAGGAGGAAGAAUGCCUGCAGGACAUCACACAGGGCCUGCUCUCUCUGGACCUGGAUCAACCCGCUUCCGCCAGUCACAGUCCUGCCUCAGUGCCUGUGGGAGGGGCUAGGCCAAAGGUGAAGCCCGCCCCUCACCCGAGUCCAGCAGGAGCUGAAAAGUCACCUGCCCAGGUGUUUCCUGGGAAGCGCGAGGGGGAAGAGGGUGUGCCUGGGGUCUCGCUCCAGCAACAGUCCGGGGAGCAGUCGUACCCCGAGCCGGCCUCCAGCGCUGCUGCAGUCGGAGCACAGGAGAGUACAGCCCUGGAUGGGGCGUCUGGUUGGUCCAAGCCUUCAAACGAUCAGCCUGUCUUUGAGCUCUUCUGUGGAGCCCAGAACAUGGACGGGGAGACCAUGUUUGUGGUGGAACCCUUGUCGUGGUGUCCUCACCUGGAGGCGGUUGGCCCACUGCCUGCUGGGAAAAUAGACGUGUUCCUGCCGUGUGAAGACUGUGGUACCGACGCAGAGAACUGGAUCUGUCUCUGCUGCUACAAGGUGUUCUGUGGCCGCUAUGUAAACCAGCACAUGGUGACUCAUGGUUUGGUUACGGAACAUCCUCUGGUCCUCAGCUUCUCAGACCUGUCUGUCUGGUGCUACGCCUGCGAGGCCUACGUCCACAACAAGGUGCUAUAUGAAGCCCGAAAUGCUGCUCAUCAAUCCAAGUUUGGAGAAGACAUUCCUGACUAGUCCUGGAGACUGAAGAGAGGGAGAGUCUGUGUGAGAGAGAGGAGGAACUGAGAGAGUGAGCGAAAGAAGGGUGGAAUGGACAGAAAAGUAUAUGAGAUUAGAUGGAAUCUGGACCAUGCCAGCUCUAUAGGGUAAUGCGUGAUUGGCUGUUGUGUUGCCCAGGGUAUGAGAGGGUUGAGUUGGUUAGAGUUUCACAUUUUAUGGCUAUCUAGCACCCCCCACUGGUCAUUUUGGCACCUGCGGACUGCAUGCGAAAGCUACACAUGAAUGGUCCUCCUCUGACUCCACUCUGCGAGCUUUGCUGCAGUCUGCAGUGUGAAAAGAAGCAGUUCUUGACACCAAGUGUUUUGGUGGAGAAGUGCGGAAAUGUAUGCUCUACAGAACUAUAGGACAGUGCAAAAUGGGGUGGGAAUUGAAGAUGCUGGGCCCUACGUUGGGUGCUAAAUAAAAAUAAAAAAACUUGUUGAUGAAUCCAGCUGUUGUACUGUAGAAAAAGCAGUGCCUUCAACACAACUCUGGCCCCUCCUCUUUCUUUGUCAUGUGACCACCUCUGACCUGCCAAUCACCGACCUCAACAGCAAGUGCCCACAUCAAGCACAUCUGGCAGGACAGGAAUGCUCAAAAUGUCAUUUUCAGUUAUAAUUGUUUUAAAAUGUUUGAUUUGUGGUUGAAAAUGUGAUUUUUCUCAGUUAAUAAUUGGGGGUUCUUUGCCAAAACCGAGGUUAUUUGCCAAAUACUUUGAAUAUUUUCCAUCAUUCUAACAGAGGAGUGUAAUACUGCAGCUAAUGUUGAAAACUAUGGAUGUUUUCAUCUUUAAGGGUGCAUCUUCUGUCCUUUCUGAGUGAGGCAGAAUAAUCAAUAAUGUUUAAAUGCAGAAGCCACUUGUAAGCAGUGGUUCCUGUUUAAUCACCAGCAAAAGGGAAUAUUUGUAUCAGCCAUCUUUUUGAUGAAUCUGUCUAGAUUGAAUAUAAAGGUUAAGCAACCUGGCAAACUAGAUAGGAAAUGCUGUAUUGUAUAAACUGCAGGAGAGCAUUUUCAUAACUCACUCACAAACUGUCACCUUGAGCCUCAUGCCAGAUAGCAUAGAAAAUCUCUAAAAGCAAAAAGACUUCCGAGCAAUACAGUGCAAUACUACCUUGUUCUUUGUUAUGCUUAAUAUUAAUAUUAAUAUUAAAUAUAUUAUUGGGAUGUGUGUCCUCUCUUGUUCAUGUACCUGAUGCACACAAAUGUUUUUACUUUAUCUAUUUGAUAUGAUACUUUUAUAUAAUGCCAAUCACUGUAAUUUAUGCUUUGUUAUUUCUGGAAAUUAAUCUUUUGUAUGUCAAUGUCAUAACUGUUUUCCUUGUGCUGUUUUCAGUUUAUACUUUGAUACUGAAUGUCAAUAUAACUGGAUAUAAAACA